CAACACUGCAGUCUUGUCAGACACUGUGGCAUUGACAGUUCGUUCGUGCUUAUUGUUGCGGUUAUGGCCUUCAAACUUAAAAUAUUUAUAAUUAUUGAGAAGUAUUAAAACGGGUUAUUCAUUUGCCUCCAAUAAAAAUGUAAAGUUCGUUGCAUUUGCAAUCAAUAAUUUGGUGCACACACGUCCAACCAGCAUGUGAUUUUGAGUUGUUAACGUACCUAAUUCAUUAUUUUUGUGUUUGUUUCAAGAAAGUGUUUUGAGCAAAAAUAUGACAAAUGAUACGCAGAAUUCGGUGCUUUUAACUACGUUUUCCACUGGCAAAAAACUGCUGCGGGUUAUUUACCAUAAUGACAAAAUCGUAUGGGAUAAUCAGAAGUCUUCUUCUGAACAAUACACUUUGCCAUUGGAGAAUAUAAUAUCAGUUAAACAAAAUUAUUUGGCUAGUGGUCAUCCAGCGGAAGACCAGCAAUUGGAUCCCUACCGAUUUACAAUACAUUAUGCAGAAAGACCAAAGGGUGCUAAAUGGGUGUACAAAAAAAUCGUUUUGAAACAUACUGAGCAAAUACAAAUAUUGUCAUGGGUUAAAACGCUAAAUUUUCAUUUGAAAAAUUUUAUAAACAGACCAAAACACAUAUUGUUGUUUGUUAAUCCAUUUGGGGGCAAAAAGAAUGCAAUGCAAAUUUACGAGAAAUACGGAAAACCUUUGUUUUCCAUAGCAGGAAUGGAAGUUACUGUAAAUGUAUCUCAAAGAAAGGACCAAAUUAAGGAUUUUUUGAUUCAUCACAGUUUGGAUAUGUUCGAUUCUGUUGCCUGUGUUGGCGGUGAUGGCACUGUAUCGGAACUUUUCAAUGGUUUAGUUCUAAGGGAGUGCAAAAAACAUGGCGUCAAUGCCGAUGAUAUGGACCAGGUCUUGCCAAAACCAAAACUACCCAUUGGGAUUAUACCUGGUGGGAGUACUGAUACAAUAGCCUACUGUAUUCAUGGUACAACAGACCCGACUACCGCGGUUUUGCAAAUAAUUUUCGGCGAUAAAUUAGGUUUAGAUUUAGUGUCAGUUUAUGAUGAAAACAGUUUGUUGCGCCUGUUUGCGAGCGUUUUUAGCUACGGAUAUUUGGGGGAUGUGGCCUAUCAUAGUGAUAGAUUAAGAUGGAUGGGACCUCAUCGAUAUGAUUAUUCAGGUUUCAAAAAAUUGGUGUCAAAUAAGGGCUACACAGGUCAAUUGGCGAUAUACUCUGAUCAACCGAAAGUAACGAAGGAAAUUUGCCAUGAGAGUUGCGAUAAGUGUUUAAGUAAUAAAAAUAGCAAAUGUGAUAAUUUAUCUUGUCAUUGGGAGAUAUUUGAGGGGAAAUUUUUUAUGGUGAGCGCGGCGAAUAUUAGCUGCGCAUGCAGUCGAUCACCGAAGGGUAUAGCUCCAUAUAGUCAUUUGGGUGAUGGUUUGGUGCAUUUAGUAUUGGUAAAACAUACUUCAUUUAUUAAUAACAUAAGACUUUUGUUGAGAUUAUCGAGCAAAAAUUCUAGCGUUGAAGAUUUACCAUUUGUGAAGACUCAUUGUGCUAGGGAAUUUUGUUUUCGGGCUCUAGAAGGUGCUAGUAAAUGGAAUAGUGAUGGGGAGAUACAGCCACAAACGAAUAUACGCGCAAAGGUGCGUUGUCAGUUGCUCACAAUUUUCAGUCGAGGAAGUCCCAAGGAAUCUGAAAUAGACAAAGUAAAGUGCUGUGCUUUUUAGCCAUUUUUGCCUUAUUAAAAGUAUUACACUCAGUAUUGAUGAAAAAACAAAAAAAAAGUAUUUAGAAAAUUGCUCAUUCUUAAAUUAAAUGAGGUGAUAAGGUAAAAAAAUUGUCAUUCCAUUUUUAUAUUUUGUUGACAAAUCUAUUUGUAUAUUUAUAACGUUGCCUACUUUUAAGCAUUUUGAGGCCGUCUAUACUUACAUGUUUGUUCUUUGUUAUAGACUGAAACUCAUUCCUGC